AUGUCAAAUGAAAAAGUCAUUUUAGUUACCGGUGGUUCCGGCCUUGUAGGGAAAGCAAUUGAGUGGGUUAUUGAAAAUGAUAACGGAAAAUAUGGUAAACAGGAAGGAGAAAAAUGGGUUUUCCUCACAAGUAAAGAUGGUAACUUAAGGUCUGCAGAAGCUACGCGUGCUAUUUUUGAAAAGUAUAAGCCAACUCACGUGAUACAUUUGGCUGCCCUCGUCGGUGGUCUUUUCAAAAAUAUGAAAUAUAAAUUGGAUUUCCUAAGAGACAAUUUAUUAAUCAAUGAUAAUGUUUUGCAAACUGCCCAUGAACAUAAAGUUAAGAAAGUUGUUUCGUGUCUCUCUACGUGCAUCUUUCCCGAUAAAACAACAUAUCCAAUCGAUGAGACAAUGAUUCAUAGUGGGCCUCCUCAUGAAUCUAAUUUUGGUUACGCCUAUGCAAAGCGUUUGAUAGAUACUCAAAACAAGGCAUAUCAUGAUCAAUUUGGUGAUAAUUUUACUUCAGUCAUUCCAACUAAUGUAUUUGGUCCUCAUGAUAAUUACGAUUUACAAGAUUCUCACGUUAUUCCUGGAUUAGUUCAUAAGUGUUAUCUUGCUAAAAAAAAUGGAACGCCUUUUGUUGUUGCUGGAACUGGUAAACCUCUUCGCCAAUUUAUUUAUUCGCGUGAUUUGGCAAAAUUAUUUAUUUGGGUAUUGAGAGAAUAUAAAGAAAUCGAUCCUAUUAUCCUAUCAGUUGGUGAAAAGGAUGAAGUAUCUAUUAAAGAUGUAGCCGAUACCAUUGUAAAAGCUGUUGGUUUCGAAGGCGAUUAUAAUUUUGAUACUAGCAAAGCGGAUGGACAAUAUAAAAAGACAGCCAGUAACGCAAAAUUAAUGAAAUAUCUUCCCGAUUUUCAAUUCACUCCCUUUGAAGUUGCCGUGAAAGAAUCUACAGAAUGGUUCAUCCAAAAUUAUGAUAACGCUCGUACUGGAAGUCAUUAG